AUGGCUAAGUUUUUAAGAAAUGGAAGUCAGUGGGCUUUUAAUCGUGUUGAGAGGUUAGAUUUGCGUAUUGUUAAUAAGUACACUCCUGUGAAAGGCUCUUCUUAUAUCAAGCUACCAAAACAUCUUGCGAAAAAGAUGGCUAUCAUAAACAUGCAGAACGAGGAUGAGGAGUGCUUCAAAUGGUGUGUCACGAGAGCUUUGUAUCCUGUUCGAAGUCAUCCUGAGCGUAUCACAAAGAUUUUGAGAAACCAGACAUCCCAUCUCGUGUGGGAUGACAUUAAGUUUCCAAUGGAGGUGAAGAGCAUUCACCGCUUUGAAAAGUUGAAUCCAGGGAUCACUGUCAACGUUUAUAUGUAUGAUGGUGGGCUCAGCCCCUUGAGAGUGAGCAACGAAGGUCAAGAUCCUAGCAAGACUCAUAUUGAUCUCCUUCUCAUUACUGAAGGUGACAAGAAGCAUUAUUGUCUCAUCAAAAAUUUGAGUCGGCUCGUUUCGAGUAGUCUGUCGAAAGAUGGACAUAAGAAGUUUUUCUGUAGGAGGUGUCUUAAUUAUUUAGGUUCUCAGCGAGUUCUUGAUACGCACAGUGAGUUGUGUCAAAAUCAUGAGGCUGUGAGAGAUAAGAUGCCGAAAGAGGGUCCUUGUCUCUCUUUUAAGAAUUUUCAGAAGCAGAUGAACAUGCCGUUCGUCAUCUAUGCAGACUUUGAGUCGUUAAUCAAACCUUUAGACACCGUUCAAGCAAAUCCAGCAGGGUGUUACACUGAGAAAAAACAACAACACAAACCAAUAAGUUUCUGUUACUACAUCAAAUGCUCAUUUGACGAUAGAUAUUCAAAACGGGUUGAAUACACAGCCAAGUUUGAGGAUGAAGAUGUGGCUCAAACAUUCGUUGAAGCGCUUGAAGCAGAGGUUAAGAGCAUAUACAAAAACCAUCCCAAAAAGGAGAUGAUCUUAACAGACAGUGAUGUUGUUGCAUUUAAAAACGCAACAUGUUGUUGGUUGUGUGGAGAAGAUUUCAAAGAGGGGGAGGACAAAGUGCGCGAUCACUGCCAUUACACCGGUAAAUUUCGAGGGGCUGCACAUAACGGUUGUAAUCUCAAAUACCGACGACCAAAAUUCAUACCCGUCGUCUUUCAUAACUUAGCAAACUAUGACGCUCAUCUAUUCGUUAGAAAUCUUGGUGUUUCAGAAGGAGACAUUGAUUGCAUACCAAACAACGAAGAGAAAUACAUUAGCUUUACAAAACACGUUGUGGUUGAUAAGUUUUUUAACAAAGAGGAAGAAAAAGACGUUGUUGUCAAGAGAGAGUUGAGGUUCAUUGACAGUUUCAAAUUCAUGGCUUCCAGUCUUGACAAGCUUGUCAAUAACCUUGUCAAAAAGGGUGAGUCUUUCUUCGAAAAUACAGGAAAAUAUUAUUCUGGAGAGAAGCUUAAACUGUUGAUGCGAAAGGGUGUUUAUCCUUAUGAAUGGGUGGAUUCGAUACACAAGCUUGAUGAACCACAACUUCCACCGAAAGAAUCUUUCUUCUCCGUGUUAAGUGGUAAAGCGAUCUCGGAUGAAGACUAUACCCAUGCGCAAAUGGUGUGGAAAGCCUUUGGAUGUAAGACAUUCCGAGAUUAUCACAAUCUCUACAAUCGAAGUGAUGUUCUUUUACUAGCUGAUGUGUUUGAAAACUUUCGAAAACUUUGUAAAAAUAUCUACAAACUUGAUCCUUGUUGGUACUACACCGCACCGGGUUUGGCUUGGGAUGCUUGUCUCAAGUUGACUAAAAUACAACUUGAGUUGUUGAGUGAUAUAAAUAUGUUGCACAUGUUUGAGGCCGGUAUUCGCGGUGGUGUUAGUAUGAUUCCAACAAGACAUUCAAAAGCCAACAACAAAUAUAUGGGUGAAAAGUUUGAUCGUAAGCAACCUUCAAAGUUCAUCACAUAUCUCGAUGCGAAUAAUUUAUAUGGUUGGGCAAUGAGUAAAAAUCUACCAACAGGAGGUUUUGAAUGGGUCUAUGAUAUAUUCAAUGACUAUCCACCCGCUCCUGAGAAUCUGUUGAUUGGUAAAGUAGAAAACGUGGUCUGCACGUUAAACGAAAAGAAGAAGUACAUCGUUCAUCAUGAGACACUAAAAAUGUAUAACUCACUGGGAAUUGAAAUCGGAAAGAUCCACCGCGUCAUCAGGUUCAAAGAAAAACCUUGGAUGAACGAGUAUAUUGAUCUCAACACAUCUUUGAGAUCAAAGGCUGACAACGACUUUGAGAAAGACUUCUACAAACCGAUGAACAACGCUGUUUUUGGUAAAACCAUGGAGAACAUUCGAAAACGCGUUGAUGUGAAACUUGUCAACUCAGAGGAAAAGGCAAAGAAGUUGACAAACAAGGUCAACUUCAAAUAUUUCACCAUCUUCUCAGAAGAUCUCAGCGCAAUACAUAUGGGGAAGACGCAGAUUUACUUCAAUAAACCUCUCUAUCUGGGGAUGAGCAUCCUCGAUAUCAGUAAGACAUUGAUGUACGACUUCCACUACAACUACAUCAAACCUAAGUACCCAAAUGACAAAUCAAAGCUUCUUUUCACAGACACUGACAGUCUUUGUUAUGAGAUUCACACAUCAGAUUUUUACAAAGAUAUAACUGGUGAUGUAGACCGUUGGUUUGACACGAGCAACAUUUCGAAAGAACAUCCUUCUGGGGUAUCAACCGAUGUGAACAAGAAAGUUAUUGGAAUGUUUAAAGAUGAGGCAGGUGGAAAGAUCAUUGAAGAGUUUGUCGGCUUGAGAGCAAAGCUUUACAGCUACAAAAUGUUUGAUGAAGAAAAAGAAGUGAAAAAGUGUAAGGGGGUGAAACAAGGAGUGGUAGACCGUACCAUUAGCUUUGAUGACUACAAAAAACGUCUAUUCGGUGGUGGAAAACAGCUACGAAAAAUGAACACCCUUCGAAGUCGAAAACAUGAGAUGUACAUGGAAGAGAUCAACAAGGUUGCAUUAUCUGCGAACGAUGACAAGCGAAUCAUUCAACCAGAUGGGGUGAACACACAUGCGAUAGGACGAUACUAUAAACCAUCAUCCUAA